CUGGCAAAUAUAGUAAAAGGGAUAUUCUGGUAGGACGUAUGCCUACCAUUAGUUCUGAAUACUGGUGAGGUUUUGAGGGCAAAAUGGCCGUGAUGAUUGGAAUCGCUUUCAGAGUUUCUUGGCUUUGUUGCCUGCUAAUUGGAGGGAUAACGUGUUCUAUAUCAGAAGGUAAUUUGUCUCCUGCACUGGAUUCAAAUGCAGCAUGGCUCUAUGCAGGAUCACUUCAGUCUCUAGGAUAUGGCAAUUAUAAUUCUCCAAAAUCUCAAAUGCAAGCGCAACAGAAACAUCCGGCCGCCAUCCUUCGGAAGGAACUGGCCCCCAUGUCCCAGCAACCUCAGCAAGUGUGGUAUCCAGCUCAAAUUCCCCUGCAUCAGAAGCAACCGGCCGCAGAAGCUCAGCCGCAGACACAACCGACAACUGUGCCCCAGCAAGUGUGGCAUCCAGCUCACAUGCUGCAGCAGAAGCAACUGUCCGCUGUGCCCCAGCAAGUGUGGCAUCCAGCUCACAUGCUGCAGCAGACGCAACCGUCCGCCGUGCCCCAGCAAGUGUGGCAUCCAGCUCAAAUGCCCCUGCAGCAACUGGCCCCAAUGUCUCAGCAGAAGCACUACGAAAGCACUGAAGAUGCCUCUGGUAGUUCUCAGGCCAGCAUCGUUGAACGGUCAGGUGUCAUCCCAAGCUCUUCCUACAGUUCCAAAUCGCACAAGAAUGGCAGAACUGUUUUCUCCCAAAUCAGCUACACUCCUAGGGAGGCAAUGCCUGUUGACAGUGGAAAUGCUCCCAAGGACGGUUACGUUAGCAUUGGUGCACCAAGCAUAUAUUUAACACUAGUGAAGGAUUCUGCAAGGGAAAUAUAAUGGAUUCAUCCUCUAGAAGCUCUAAUGACCAGGAAGUUGCUGGUGCUCUUGCUACUCUAGUGUGAUGGAAUCAAUAAACAAUUUGACUUUAAAAAA